GUCCAUUGUUCAAGAACAUCGAUAAAACCGAAAGUUCGAUAGGUAAAACCUUAUGAACGAUAGCUAUUAAUUUUUUUUUCUUCAGAAAUUAAGAGAUAAAUUAUGCAAAAUAAAGAAAUAAAUAAAAAGUCAAUGGAGCCAAAAAAAAUAAUAAUAAUACAUGUCACAACUUGCCAAAAGAGCCAAAGGUAUCACAACUCUCUCGACCGUUUCCAAAUGUUUCUUGUUGAACUUGAAUACAAAUUGAGCGGCAUAAAAUACCACCAAAACCAGACCAAGACAAAAACCAUAUACAUGGAUUCAUGCACCUCCCAAACCAUCCAAUCCCCUCACAACUCAUCAUUAUUCGCAUCAACACAUUACAGCCGUCAACCAUUACCUCAAUCGCUCGUCCUCAGUACAUCGAGCACGCAGAAAUAUCUCAGAAACCUUGGUCGCCGCUUUUUUGUCGUCUUCCCCACGUCAUCAUCGCAUAAACCGUGUGCUUGCCUGCCGCGGAAACCCAAACCAAACCCGCAUCACCCCCGCUGUAUAAAUACCCACGCCUUCAAUGCAUCUUAUUUGAAUCUCACUUGGGUCAAAUACUCCGGAGAACGAGAUGUGUAGAUCGACUGACUACCACGGAUUGCAACCGAGGAAAGACCGGUUGAAGAUUCGGGCUUUCUUUCUGCGGUUUUCGGGUCUGAAUACCCGGGCACCGUUACCCGAAUCCCUCACUCUUUCGUUUCUUCCUCGGAUUAACGAGAACGAGUUAGAGAUCGACGGGUCGAAGAUCCGACCCGAUACGCCGGCAUUCCUCACUCUCUACCGGGUCGUGAAUGCCAAGGUGAAGGACGGGGAAGUGAUAUUCGGAUCCCGGGAGCGGGUCGAGGCCGGCGAUGGGAUCCGGUUCGAGGUUUAUCUGAGGGAAGAGAAGGUGCUGAAGGGAACUUUCAGGAAAGAUGAGGGGCAAGAGUGGAAAUUGGAGUGUAAGUGCGCGCUGGAGAGCGAGAGCGUCGCGACGGAGAUAGCUGAGGCGCAGGUCUGCGUGGCCGUGGAGGGACACGUGACGAUGAUUGAGAGGGUGAGAAUGGUGGUUAAAAAAACAAAAAAGCACCGGAACUGCGGGUUUAAGCGGCUGGAGGAGAUUCCGGAGGAGGGAGACGUGGAUUAUGAAUCAGACGGCUGUUGUUGUAAAUGUGGAUCGGACGGUGGAGAUUCGGAGGUGGGUGGUGAGGUGGCCAGAGAGGAUAUGGAGUUAGAGGUAGAUAUGGAAGGAGUGAGAUGGGCCGUUGAUGUGGGUAUUUGGGUCAUGUGUUUAGGCGUGGGCUACUUUGUUUCCAAAGCCUCUGCCAAAACAUUAAGACGCAGAAGAUUAUUUUAAGCCCAAUGGGUUUUUGGUAAUUUCAAAUCUUGAAAUUUUGACACGUUGUUGAGAGUUCAAUGGUAAAGACCCAAAAGAAGUAAAGGUCAUAAUGAUUUCAAUGAAUUUAAUUAAUUUCGUUUUUAAGAUAAUGGGGUCAACUCAUCUAAUCACAUCACAGCUUAGAUUUCUCUAUUGCAGGAAGUUAGUUAUAGAAGAUUCCAAUAUCCCUUGUUUGUGUUGUGUUUUCAAUUAAAGCCUUUUCCAUCCUGGCUUCAAUUAUAUAAACUUUUUGCCUUGGGUUUCAC